AUGGGUCUCUUGGAGGAAGUCUACGGAAAUGAAAUAAUUGACGAGCAGGCUCCUCAGGAGUAUACUGAGUACAAGGCGGAGAAUGGAUUUGGUUGGGCUGAUGCUCUUCCUGCCAAACAGGGUCUUUACAACCCUGAGCUUGAGAAGGAUGCUUGUGGUGUAGGCUUUGCUGCCCACAUCAAGGGCAAGCCGAGCCACAAAAUUGUCAUCGAUGCUCGCAGUUUGCUGUGCAACAUGACCCAUCGUGGAGCUGUCGGCUCAGAUGUGCGCGACGGUGACGGUGCUGGUGUCAUGACAAGUAUCCCCCACAAGUUCUUCGUCAAAAACUUUGCUCGUGACGCCGGAGUGGAACUCCCUCCUCUAGGACAGUAUGCCGCCGGUAACCUUUUCUUCAAACCCGACAACGAGACGUUGAAGGAUUCUAUUGCCUCGUUCGAAGAGAUCGCCACAUCUCUCGGUCUGCGCGUUCUCGGAUGGCGUGAAGUGCCUCGUGACUCGACCCUGCUUGGGCCGGCUGCCUUGUCGCGCGAGCCCAUGAUUAUGCAGCCAUUCGUCGUGCUGCGAUCUGCAUAUGGCGAGGGAAAUAAGCCUGAAAUCACAGACCCAGAGCAAUUCGAUGAGCGACUCUUUGAGCGCCAAUUGUACGUUCUACGAAAGCGUGCUACACAUGUCCUUGGCCUUGCCAAUUGGUUCUACCUCUGCUCUCUCAGCAACCGAAACAUCGUCUACAAGGGUCAAUUGGCUCCCGUACAAGUGUAUGAAUACUAUCACGAUUUGGUCAACGUUGACUACGAAGGCCACUUCGCCCUCGUGCACUCUCGUUUCUCCACCAACACAUUCCCCUCUUGGGACCGUGCACAACCGCUUCGAUGGGCGGCUCACAAUGGUGAAAUCAACACACUCCGAGGUAACAAGAACUGGAUGAGGGCACGAGAGGGUGUUCUCAAAUCCGACAUCUUCGGUGAAGAACUUGAUCUACUUUACCCCAUUGUCGAGGAUGGUGGCUCUGACUCCGCCGCUUUCGACAACGUGCUUGAACUCCUCAUGAUCAACGGUGUUCUCUCUUUGCCAGAAGCUGUUAUGCUGAUGGUUCCAGAGGCCUGGCAAAACAAUGCUGCCAUGGACCCCGCAAAGGCUGCCUUCUAUGAAUGGGCUGCUUGCCAGAUGGAACCUUGGGACGGUCCUGCUUUGUUCACUUUCUCCGACGGUCGCUACUGUGGUGCUAACCUUGACCGAAAUGGUCUCCGUCCUUGCCGUUUCUACGUGACCGACGACGACCGUAUCAUCUGUGCUUCAGAGGUUGGUACUAUCAGCUUGGAUCCUGAGACUAUUGUGCAGAAAGGCCGUCUGCAGCCCGGAAAGAUGCUUUUGGUCGACACCGUUGCUGGUCGCAUCAUCGACGACGCAGAAUUGAAACAGACCGUCGCUCAUCGCCAGGAUUUCCGCGCCUGGUUGGACAAGGAGUUGCUUACUCUCCCCCAUGUUGAGAAGGGCCUCCGUGAGCAAAGCCACGACUUCCGCGUUAAGCUCGAUGAGUCUACACUCCAGACCGAUGUUAGGCUAAAGGCAUUCGGUUACUCAUUUGAGCAGGUCAGCUUGCUAUUGGCACCUAUGGCUGCUGAUUCGAAGGAGGCCCUGGGUUCUAUGGGUAACGAUGGUCCUCUGGCCGUUCUUGCUCAACAACCACGACUUCUCUAUGAGUACUUCCGUCAGCUCUUCGCACAGGUCACUAACCCUCCUAUUGACCCUAUUCGUGAAGCAAUUGUCAUGUCGUUGGAAUGCUACGUUGGCCCUCAAGGUAACCUGCUAGAGAUAGACUCUUCGCAAUGCCAUCGUCUCAUGCUUCCCUCUCCUAUCCUUACUUUGGGCGAAUACGAGGCCAUCAAGAACAUCAACAAGGUUCACCCUGACUGGACUGUGAGAAUUAUUGACAUUACGUUCGAAAAGUCCAAGGGUACUCAGGGUUACUUGGAUGCUCUCGACCGUAUCUGUGAUGCUGCAACUGAGGCUAUCACAGCAGGCGACAAAGUUCUCAUUCUUUCCGACCGGGCAACCUCUGCUGACCGAGUACCUGUCUCUGCCUUGUUGGCCACUGGUCUCGUUCAUCACCACAUGGUUCGCAACAAGUGGAGGUCUAUGGCUGCUCUCGUUGUCGACACUGGUGAGGCUCGUGAAGUUCACCACAUGUGUGUUCUUCUCGGAUAUGGUGCUGAUGCCAUCUGCCCCUACCUUGCUAUGGAAUGUAUUCUGAAGAUGAACCGUGAGAAGCUUAUCCGUAAACCUUUGUCUGAUGAGCAAGUCCUUCAGAACUACAAGGCAUCCUGCGAUGGCGGUAUCCUCAAAGUCAUGUCCAAGAUGGGUAUCUCUACUCUACAGUCUUACAAAGGUGCUCAAAUCUUCGAAGCUCUUGGUAUUGACGACGCUGUUAUUGACCGAUGCUUUGCUGGUACUGCUAGCCGUAUUCGUGGUGUCACAUUCGAGCUCAUUGCUCAAGAUGCUUUUGCCUUCCACGAGCGAGGCUAUCCUUCUCGCCCCAUUGCUGAAAUUGCCGGUCUUCCUGAAUCCGGUGAAUACCACUGGCGUGACGGUGGUGACCCACACGUGAACGACCCUACCAGCAUUGCUAACAUCCAGGAUGCUGUCCGCAUGAAGAACGACAAGUCUUACGAAGCCUACGCUCGCUCAGAACGCGAGGCGAUCAAGAAUUGUACUUUACGUGGUAUGCUUGAUUUCGACUAUGAGCAGCGUCAACCUAUCCCCAUUGACCAGGUCGAGCCAUGGACCGAGAUUGUGCGCCGCUUCGUUACUGGUGCUAUGUCUUAUGGAUCUAUUUCUAUGGAAUCCCACUCCACUUUGGCCAUUGCUAUGAACCGUUUGGGCGGAAAGUCGAACACUGGUGAAGGUGGUGAAGACCCAGAGCGAAGCAAGGUCAUGGAGAACGGCGAUACUAUGCGCUCUGCUAUUAAGCAGAUUGCUUCUGGACGAUUCGGUGUUACAUCCAACUACCUUGCGGAUGCUGAUGAGCUCCAGAUCAAGAUGGCACAGGGUGCUAAGCCUGGUGAAGGUGGUGAACUUCCCGGACACAAGGUUUCUGGCCCUAUCGCCCGCACCCGUCACUCCACCCCUGGAGUUGGUCUUAUCUCCCCUCCUCCUCACCACGACAUUUACUCCAUUGAGGAUUUGAAACAACUUAUCUACGAUCUCAAGUGCUCCAACCCUCGUGCCCGUGUCUCCGUCAAGCUCGUUUCUGAGGUUGGUGUUGGUAUCGUCGCCUCCGGUGUCGCUAAGGCUAAGGCUGACCACAUUCUCAUUUCUGGUCACGAUGGUGGUACUGGUGCUUCUCGAUGGACUGGUAUCAAGGCUGCCGGUUUGCCCUGGGAAUUGGGUCUUGCUGAGACUCACCAGACCCUUGUCUUGAAUGAUCUCCGUGGUCGUGUUAUUGUCCAGACUGACGGUCAGUUGAAGACUGGUCGUGAUGUGGCUAUCGCUUGUUUGCUUGGUGCUGAAGAAUGGGGCUUUGCAACCACUCCUUUGAUCGCUAUGGGUUGCAUCUUUAUGAGGAAAUGCCAUCUCAAUACGUGCCCCGUAGGCAUAGCAACACAGGACCCUGAACUGAGGAAGAAGUUCAAGGGUACUCCCGAGCAUGUUAUUAACUUCUUCUAUUACGUCGCCAAUGAGCUCCGUGCUAUCAUGGCGAAGCUCGGUAUCCGCACUAUCAAUGAGAUGGUUGGUCGUGCUGAAUUACUCAAGGUCCGCGACGACAUCCGCUCUGCUAAGCAGGAGAACAUCGACCUCUCCCUCAUUUUGACACCUGCUCAUUCCUUGCGCCCUGGUGUCGCCACAUACAAUGUCCGCAAGCAGGACCACCGUCUGCACGUUCGUCUUGAUAACAAGUUGAUUGCUGAGUCUGAACUUGCCCUUGAGAAGGGACUUCCCUGCCGAGUUGAAUGUGACGUUGUCAACACUGACCGGGCCUUGGGUGCUACUCUUUCCUACCAGAUCAGCCGUCGCUACGGAGAAGCUGGUCUGCCUCAAGAUACUGUUCAUGUCAACAUUAAGGGUUCCGCUGGUCAAUCUUUUGGUGCAUACCUCGCUCCCGGUGCUACGUUGGAGCUUGAAGGUGAUGCCAACGAUUACGUCGGCAAGGGUCUGUCAGGUGGACGCCUUAUCAUCUACCCUCCCCGCAAUGCUGUCUUCAAAGCUGAAGAAAACAUUAUCAUUGGUAACGUCUGUCUUUAUGGCGCUACUAGCGGUACUUGCUACUUCCGCGGUGUCGCUGCUGAACGUUUCGCCGUGCGAAACUCCGGUGUCACUGCCGUCGUUGAAGGUGUUGGCGACCACGGUUGCGAGUACAUGACUGGUGGUAGAAUCCUUGUCCUUGGCUCAACUGGUCGUAACUUUGCUGCCGGUAUGUCUGGAGGUAUUGCUUAUGUCCUUGACGUCAACCGGGACUUCCACUCCAAGGUCAACAUGGAGAUGGUUGAGGUGUCUGGCUUGGAAGAUCCAGCUGAAAUCGCUUUCGUCCGCGGUCUUAUUGAGGAUCACCACCACUACACUGGCUCUGAGCUCGCUGCUCGUAUCCUCCUUGACUUCAACCGUGCUCUCCCACGCUUCGUUAAGGUUCUUCCUACCGACUACAAGCGCGUCAUGCUUGAGGAAGCUGCCAAGGCUGAGGCUGCUAAGAAAGCUGAGUUCACCUUGCCUAAGCUACCCAGCACCCCAGCACCCGAGGAAGAGAAGAAGGACCACAAGCAUGAAGAUGCAAAGAAAGCCGACCUGCUUGAUAUCGAAGAUAGCGUGAGCGACUCGAAAGUAGAGAAGAAGCGUACUGCUCUUAUUCUCGACAAAACCCGUGGUUUCAUGAAGUACCACCGACGCAGUGAGAAGUACCGCAACCCAACCACUCGUACUCGUGAUUGGGCCGAACUCUCGACCCGUCUCACCGAGGAUGAGCUCAAGUAUCAAUCAGCUCGUUGCAUGGACUGCGGUGUUCCUUUCUGUCAAUCCGACACCGGUUGCCCUAUCUCCAACAUCAUUCCCAAGUGGAAUGAGCUUGUCUUCCAGAACCAAUGGCAGGAUGCUCUUAACCGUUUAUUGAUGACUAACAACUUCCCUGAGUUCACCGGUCGUGUCUGCCCUGCUCCUUGUGAGGGAGCUUGUGUCCUUGGCAUCAAUGAAGACCCAGUCGGUAUCAAGUCGAUUGAGUGUGCUAUUAUUGACCGUGGUUUCGAGAUGGGCUGGAUGGUUCCCCGUCCUCCUCCUAGCCGAACUGGAAAGAAGGUUGCCAUUAUUGGAUCUGGUCCUGCUGGUCUUGCUGCUGCUGAUCAACUCAACCGCGCCGGUCACUCCGUCACUGUUUACGAGCGCGCUGACCGUGUUGGAGGUCUCCUCAUGUACGGUAUCCCCAACAUGAAGCUUGACAAAAAGGUUGUUCAGCGCCGUGUUGACCUCAUGGCUGAAGAGGGAGUCAAGUUCGUUACCAGUACCCCUGUUGGUCCUGAUGAGGAAGUUUCCAUGGCAUCUCUUCGCCAGAGCAAUGACGCUGUUAUCAUCGCCACCGGUGCCACUGUGGCUCGUGACCUCAAGAUCCCCGGCCGUGAGUUGGAGGGCAUUCACUUUGCCAUGCAAUUCUUGCACAAGAACACCAAGUCUCUUCUGGACUCUGAGCAUGCUGAUGGUGCAUACAUCUCCGCCAAGGAUAAGCACGUUGUUGUCAUUGGUGGUGGUGAUACUGGUAACGAUUGUAUUGGUACCUCUGUGCGCCAUGGAGCCAAGAGCGUAGUCAACUUUGAACUGCUGCCACAGCCUCCUCCAGAGCGUGCCCGCGACAACCCUUGGCCUCAGUGGCCUCGUAUCUAUCGUGUGGACUAUGGUCACACUGAGGUCAAGACUCAUAUGGGCAAGGAUCCUCGCGAGUACUGCAUCAUGUCUAAGGAGUUUGUCGAUGAUGGCAAUGGACAUGUCAAGGGUAUCAAUACUGUGCGCGUUGAAUGGACCAAGAGCGCCUCUGGCGGUUGGGACAUGAAGACCAUCGAAGGCAGCGAACAGUUCUUCCCUGCUGACUUGGUCAUGUUGUCCAUGGGUUUCUUGGGUCCUGAGGACCGUCUCCUUGGAGAUGAGAUUGAGCGUGAUGCUCGCAAGAACGUUAAGACUCCUCCUGGUCAAUACGUCACCAAUAUCCCUGGAGUUUUCGCUGCAGGCGAUUGCCGACGUGGACAGUCUCUUAUUGUCUGGGGUAUCAACGAAGGUCGUCAAGCCGCUCGCGAAGUCGAUACUUACCUAAUGGGAACCGGAUCUCUCCUUCCAGUGACCGGUGGUAUCGUCCGCCGCUCAGCAGCUGAUGCCGUUCCUCAACUCGCCGCAGCUGUUUCUGCAUAGAAUUUACAGUAGACCGGAAAAAUUUACACGAAUCUCCGAUUAGAAGUAUCAUAUCAUACUUCUCAAUCAUCCAACCAAAUACCCUCCCCAAAAGUCCUUCCCCUCCUUCCUCCCUCCUCUUGAACAUGAAUAGACCAUAGAGGGAAGGACUAAUUUUCUUAUCUAUGCUACUCCAUGUUCUAUGAUGUGAUGUAUGGAUGUAUGACAGCGUUUCUUUUCCUUUUUCUUUUGUUUCUUUUUUCAUGAUUUUCAUAAAUUGGAAAGUGGAAAGGGAGGUAUUCUCAUUUAGUGUUAGAGUGUUUUUUCCGCUUCGGUUUGUUUGAAUAUGUUUUUUUUUUUGAUUUCUUACGUUCGAGCUGUGAAUAGUUUAUUGUUUCUUUUUUAAUGCAUGAUUUCAAUUGGAAAUUAUUCAAUUCAGACUUUUGUAGUGGAUGGGCCGGUAGCUAUGAUGGUUAGAUUUUCCAAGUACAAGAGUAGGACAAUGGGGAUCAUGUUGACUACUGUGGGUGCACUAAGGUGCAUAUACGUACGUACGAAGCACUUGAGUCAAUCUCAAUAGGUGAUUCUCC